AUGUCGCUCGGGGCGGCGCACCUGCACCCGCUCGACAAGAAGCUCGCGGCGGCGGCGAGCCGGGGCUUCCUGGGCGUCGAGCUGUACUGGGAGGACCUGGCGGCGUACUCGGCGCUGCUGGGCGGCGGCGGAGGCAUGCUCGCCGCCGCGGGGGCCGUGUCGGAGCUCUGCGCGCGCCUCGGCCUCCGGGUGGUCAGCCUGCAGCCGUUCCGGGACGCCGACGGCGUGGCCAGCCCCCGCCUGCGGGAGGCGCUGCUCGCCGAGUUCCGGGAGUGGCUCGCCGUCGCGGGCGCCCUGGGCACGCGCAUCAUCGGCGUGGUGCCGGCGACGCUCCCGCCCCCGCGGGGCCUCCUCCCGGCCGACUGCGGCGCCGGCGCGGGCGAGGCGGCGGCGGCCGCGCUCCUGCUGCGCGACCUGGCCGCCCUGGCCAGGCCGCUCGGCAUCCGGGUGGCCUACGAGAACCUCUGCUUCGCGGCCCACGUGCGCGAGUGGGAGCAGGCCUGGGAGCGCAUCCAGCUCGCCCGCGCCGACAACCUCGUCUUCCUGCCGGACACGUUCAACCUCUGCGGCGGGGCCUACAUGGACCCCGAGCACCCGAGCGGCCGGCGCGACGGCGGCGACGCCCUCCUCGGCCAGAAGCUGCGCGGCCUGGCCGACACGGUGCCACCGGCGUCCAUGCCGCUGCUGCAGGUCGCCGACGCCGAGUGGCAGCCCGUCCCGCUCACCGCCGACCACCCCUGGCGCAGGGACACGGGCUUCGCGCCCCUCAUGGCGCUCAGCCGCAACGCCCGGCAGUUCCCCUUUGAGCGCGGCGGCUACCUGCCCGUGCUGAGCGUCGUCGAGGCCGUCGUCGCCGCCGGCUGGUCGGGCUGGGUGAGCAUGGAGAUCUUCUCGAGGACCACGGCAAAGGCGGGCGACGACACGAUACGCGAGCACGCCGACCGCGCCUGGCGCAGCUGGGUCAAGCUGGCAAAGAGGAUGGGCUGGAACACCCGGCCCAAGCUGCUGCCGGGGGACGACUGA